CUCUAGUUUGGUAAGCGAAGACCGUCAGAGUCACAGAAGUGAGCGACUUCGAAACUUCAUUUCCAAAACUUUUGAUAGUUUCAAAACUUGCCGUUCGCACAGUUUAAACUUGGCUGAAAGUACUGUUAUGUCUUGUGGUAUUAUGAGUGGUUUUCUUUAUUGAAAAUAUACGAGAAAAUUAUUAAAACACGAGGUUUCCAGGAUCUUUUCUGAAGCGCGUUUUUUGAAAAGACAUGUGCUAAAUUUCGAGCUCUAGCUUUUAGGCUAGGAUUAUUAAAAAGUUUUAGCCGUAUUUUGGGCGAAAGUUUUCAAGUUAACAGCCUACAGAUGAAAAAGGGUGAAUUUUGUUUACCUUUCAUGCUGUGGUAUGCUUUCAUCCAAAUUGAUGGUGCUUUGGGAAAUUGGGAAGAGUGGUGGACGUAUGAUGGCAUAUCAGGGCCUGACUUUUGGGGUCUUCUGAACCCAGAAUGGAGCUUGUGCACGAAAGGCCGGAGACAAUCUCCCGUUAACUUGGAGCCAGAGCAAAUCCUGUUCGAUCCUUAUCUGCGACCACUGAACAUAAGCAGUCACAGGGUGAGCGGCAUUCUUUCAAACACCGGGCAUAGCGUUGCUUUCCGAGUGUCCAAUCCUCAAACCAGUGUUCCAAUCAACAUCACUGGAGGACCGCUGUCAUACAGAUAUCGAUUUCAUGAACUCCAUUUGCACUAUGGACGCACUGAUGACAGAGGAUCAGAGCAUACAAUAUCUGGAACAGCUUUUCCUGGGGAGUUGCAAAUCUAUGGAUACAACUCAGACUUGUUCAGCAACUUUUCGGAGGCAUUAGCACUUUGCAGAAGUGACAGUAUAGUAGCUAUAGCAGUGCUCAUACAGAUAGGGAAUUUGUCGAACGACGAGCUACGUAUUCUAAGCAGUCAACUGAGCCAAAUCGUGUACAGAGGAGAAGAAGUUCCUCUUCAUCAUGUGUCCGUCCUAGGCCUUUUGCCUCCGACGCCUCAGUUUGUAACUUACGAGGGCUCAUUGACUGUACCUGCAUGCCAUGAAUCAGUGACAUGGGUGGUGGUUAACAGGCCCAUUUACAUCACCAAACAACAGCUUUACAUCCUGCGGAAGUUGAUGCAAGGUGACGAACGCAAUCCUAAAGCACCCCUGGGCAACAAUUUCAGACCUCCCUUGCCUCUCAAUCGACGAGCUCUCAGAAGCAACAUAAAUUUCAUUCGUCAGGACGGCAAGACAUGUCCCAGUAUGCGCAGAAAUAUGCAAUAUCAAGCUAAAAAAUGGACCACACCUGCUCCUUGAUUGGAAAUUAUAUCUGCACAUGAAAUUGUGAUCUUUUGUAUAACCCAGAUGCAUGACACGGUGCUCUUUCAAGACCCAAAAGACGUCACACCAAGAGCUAACGAUGUUUCCAACUGAAUGUUUUAAAAAAGAAUCCAAACACUUAUGAGCAUGCGUUUAUGCAUAUACACUCAAAUUAUCUAUGGUUUGUGUAUAUAUGUAUAAUUGCACUCAAAGAAUAGAAACCUGAAUGUUUAUCUUCAGUAUUUAUUGACAUAUGUUUUAUAAAAAGUAAAUUUGCGCAUUUCUAAUGACUUCUCACCAUCAAUCAGACGCUCAGUAUUUUCUAAAUUAGAAAUCAUAUCUUAAGUUUCUAAAGAGAUUAUUAUGUUGAAUGAAAUUACAACAACUGUAUAAUUUUAGGCUUCCUUAGCUUUUAAUGAUGAUUUAUGCGGCUAUUAGAGUUUAAUCAGUUAGUAUUAAUCCUUCUUAUCUCAAUCAUUUUUAGCUGCAUUAUUUUAUUCCCCUUUUUUCUGUAGAUUGGAAUGUUGUAUAUACAACCUAUGGAAUACUAUGGAUAAUUAUUGAUGUCAAUAUUUGUGUAUCAUUGCUGUAACCCUAAAAAAUUGUAUUCCGAUUGGAGCCAAA